GCAAGACUAGUGGGCUUCACAUUGAAUAUAAAAAGCUGUAAACCACAGGAAAUGUUUUAAAUAAAUAUGAAUGCUUAAUGAGUACUCUUAUAUUUGCAAAAUAUCUAGCAAAAAUGAUGUUUGAUCCACCUGAUUUUCCAUAUAAAGAAUUAACAGAUACUUUAAGGGAUCACUACGGACCAGAUGACCUCUUAUUCACUAGUAACACGGUUGUUAACGAUACAAUUUCGAACGACAGUGAUCUUGUUGAAGUUACUGAAUCAUUUAUUUCUACAGUAGAAACUGAACUAUCAUUGAAUUCAAAUAUUUCUGGAAAUUACUUCAAUGUUGAGAAUGUUCCUAUUCUGGAUGUAGAACAGCCAACUAAUGGAUUAAACUCAGAGCUGUACGUAGUACAGCCAGAUAGUUUCUUCAAUUACGAACCAACUUUGCUGGACGAUAAUACAGUCAACCAAUUUUUACUGCCUAUACAAGUAUCUUCUGAGAAAAAAAAUAAGGAGCCAGAUGACACAGGGCCUAAUCUAUUAGCCUUGCACUCAUGCGUGAUAUGUAACGAGAUUUUCACAACGGAUGCGGAUCUGCUUGAUCACACAAUUUCUUUACAUUGCUCUGACAAAGAACAGGAACCAACAACUUUGUCGACCGCUGCAGUGGACGAUCCAGUUUUAGAAGAUAUAAGCAACGCCAGUGGUACUGACUUGGAGUGCGAAUGGCUUGUAUGCAGUGUAUGCGAAAGAGUGCUGUCAACCGCGUUGGAGACGGAACCACGAGAACUGCUAUGUUGCAUGGACCUGAACGGCAAGAGCAAUAUAAACGUGUGCAAAUUCAGCACAAUGUUCGUAUGCGAUUAUUGCAGUUACCUCUUCGCGAACGGAGAAGCAAUGGAUCGCCACCGUCUUAUAUGCUUGGGCCAGGAGAACUUUUAUACUGGGGAAAUGGAUAAAUCCUUAUCAGAACCGACUUCUGCAAUCAGCGAUGCUAAUGAAAAGCUGUACCCAAACCUGGAAGCAGCAAGUCCGCAGACAACGGUCAGAAAGCGGAGGCCUUACACGACUGGCAAUAGCAAUAAGAUGUGGAACUGCGGAUCUUGUAACCAAUUGUUUGCUACAGCUAGGGACCUAUACCGCCACAAGCGCGGGGAGGACCGGCCGGCCGGCACGCCUCUGACGGCCUUCGUCUGUGAGGACUGCGACAAGGUACUAGGCAGCAUGUGCGCUCUGCACACACAUAAGAAAAUGCACAAAGUUUCCAAACCUGGCUACCCGUGUCGGGUGUGCGGUCGUCGCUUCAACCAGUCCGGCCACUUGGCGAUACACAUGCGCAUGCACACCGGGGAACGCCCUUACCCCUGCGACCUUUGCUCCAAAGCCUUCAAAGUUAAGGUGGAGCGCGACGACCACCGGCGGACGCACACCGGCGAGCGCCCCUUCGCGUGCGCCGACUGCCCCAAGACGUUCACCGCCGCCGCACGCUUGCGUGAGCACGCGCGCAUCCACACCGACCAAAGGCCGUACAAGUGUGAUAUCUGCGGCGCCGCAUUCCGGAGGCCGUACGCGCGCACCGUGCACACCCUCAUACACACGGGCGAGAAGCCCCACGAGUGCGACGUGUGUGGAACUGCCUUUAGACGUUCAGGAGAUAUGUGGAAACACAAACGGACUCUUCACGGGAUCCAAGCUGUUAAUGGUGAUGCGAAUUAGAAGCAUGUGGAGGAGCUUCGGGCUGCAGGAUGUUACUAGUGACUAGACUGUCCGCCCCGGCUUCGCACCUAGUAUACCUAAGUACCUACCUAAUAUAAACUUUCCUCGUGGAAUAUUCUGAACGAUCAUGAAAGUACCGUAGUUUCAAAGUGAUGAGUGCACAGACAGAUAGACAAAAAGACAAUAUUCAAAAAAGUAGGUACCUACUGCUUUGGGCUUUAAAGCUUCCUUCGAUUAUUGUAAGGGUUUCAAUCGUCAAGUAACUUUUAUCUGAGGAAUAAAUUUGAGGUUUUGAAAUUUUUUCUAUAGGAAAUCUGUG